AUGAGUACGCUGCGAGAAAAUAAAGAUGAUCGGCCAGUGGUUUAUCUCGACGAAACGUGGGUAAACCAAAACCACUCACGCAGCCUUAUUUGGCCAGAUGAAAAUAAUUUAAGUGGUCUGAAGGUGCUGACGGGUAAAGGAGGCCGACUUAUUGUAUGCCACGCAGGAUGUGCUCGCUACAGGUUUAUAGAAGGGUCAAAAUUGGUAUUUCGAAGCAAUAGCGGAAAUACGACGGAUUAUCAUAAUCAGAUGAAUGGUGAAGUAUUUAAAGAGUGGUUUAUUCAACUAUUAAAAAAUCUAGAAGAGCCAUCAAUAAUAGUCAUGGAUAACGCACCUUACCAUUCAAUCCUCAAAUAUGAAUAUCCCAAAAGUAAUUGGAAAAAAGUCGAAGUACAACAAUGGUUAAAUGAAAAUAAUGUCGAGUUCCAUCCAUUGGAAACAUUACCUGAUCUUCGGCAAAAAGUUAAAAAUCUAUUGCCACGUGAAAAAAUUUACGAGUUGGAUUACAUUGCAAUGGAAAUGGGUCAUGAGUUAAGGGCCCAAGUAGCGAAAUUAAAUAAUACUUUCAAAAUGGUUGAUAUUGAGCGGUUAACGCACGAAGCAUUAGAUGCAGUCACAAUAGACGACUGGAAGAAAUGCGUUCGUCAUGCAGAACAAAUUCAGGACGAGGACAACAAAAAAGAAAUAAUGAGGGACACCAUGAUGGAACGAAUAAUUAUGACAAUAUUACCAGAUGACAGCGACUGGAGUGAUGAAGAAGAUAUUGACGGAGAAACAAACGGAUAA